AUGCCGAAAAAAAAUACAAAUUCUAAUAGGAAAGGAAUGGUUUAUAAUCUCAACUCCCAGGAGGAAAGAAAACGGAUUAUGGAGUUAAAGAGAUAAGGAAAGAAGGCCAAGGAGAUAGCAACCAUUAUGAACAAAAAAUAAAAAUCUAUUGAAUCUGUUAACAGUGAAGAGAGGAAAUCCGAAUACAAAGAUUUUAAAUAGUCCAUGAUUUCAUACGGAUUGAAGAUUUUUAAGGAUAAAGUUAUAUAUGAUAAUAUCAAAAAAUUAGCAAAGAAAGUCAGAGUUUCCAUAAAUCAAAUCCUGUCAUCAAAAAAGAAUAAUGAAUUUAGAUUAUUGAUACCUAAAGGUCGAAAAUUUUCUUGUCAACGAAGAAUUAAGGAGACAAUAGUUUCUACUAUUGUUUCCGCUAUACUAUCAAGAUAGAAUUCUCCUGGAAAUGAGACAGUCGCCAUUUAGAAUCAAAAAGAACAAGAAAUUUUGUGUACCAAAGAAAAUUUAGAAAUUAAUAAAACAUAUUAAAAUUCUAACGACUGUGAAGAAUCUUCAGAAAAUCAAAUGGAUGAUGAUCAGGACGAUUAUUUGAUCAUUGAUCCCAUCACUCCUUUCCAUUUAGGUUUGAAGUAAGAAACUGUAAACUUCUUUUAAAGUUAUCAAAGGGUUAAUUAGGUCAAUCAAAUUGAAGACUUGUCAACAAAUUAUGCAAAUUCUUUUGAGAUGUUUAAGUAAUCUGUUGAAUUGCCUUCAUAUAAUGAGACAAAUGACAAAUAAUUGAGCUUUAAUUGA